AAAUCUUAUAACAAACUUCAAAAAAAAAAAGAAAUAAGAAAAUGGCUAAACUACUAUUAGCCAAUCAAAUCCUUGUUAUAAUCUUCUUGAUUGUUGCUUCGCAACAAUGGCAGCAUGCCGAAUCACAUAAGCACACGUGGCAGGAGGCCUUCAAAGUCCUCGGCAUAGCAUGGAACCGCGACGGAACCCUAAACAGGACCAUCCAGAUUCCGAUGGUGGACCCCACCCCGUACGAGGAUUCCGCCACCCCAUCUCCGACGGUCCUCUCCCAGGACAUCCAGCUCAGCUCCAAGAGCAAAGCCACCGUCCGCCUCUAUGUGCCGGCGAACCCGCCAAAGAACAAGACGCUGCCUCUCGUCGUCUACCUCCACGGCGGCGACUUCGUCCUCUUCAGCGCCUCCACCAUCAUCUUCCACAACUUCUGCAAUGACAUCGCCGAGUACUUUCCCGCCGUCGUCGUCUCCGUCGAGUACCGCCUCGCGCCGGAGAACAAACUCCCCGCCGCCUUCGACGACGCCCUCAACGCCAUCUUCUGGGUAAAGAACCAGGCUAAGGGAGUAGGGGGGCGGGACCCAUGGAUGGAGUUCGCCGACUUCUCAAGAGUCUUCAUCCUCGGCAGCAGCGCGGGCGCCAACAUCGCGUACCACGUGGCACUCCGGGCACUCGAUUUCGAUCUCCGGCCACUCAAAAUCAAAGGCCUCCUCAUGAACCAAGCCUACUUCGGCGGCGUGCAGCGAACCCAAUCGGAGAUCCUCCUGAAAGAAGAUCCCUACGUGCCACUUUACGUAAACGACGUUCUCUGGUCGUUAGCUCUGCCGUUCAACUUUAACCGGGACCACAGGUUCUGCAACCCGAUCUCCGGCGGGACUUACCGCGGCCGGGUUUACCGGCUGCCGAAGGUGUACAUCAAGGGCGACUUCGGCGACCCGUUAGUUGAUAGAUCGAUUCUGUUGGGGAUGUUCUUGCAGUCUUGUAAGGUGCCGGUUUAUCACCGGUUCAACACCGGCGGGUUUCACGGGAUCGAGCUGCAGAAUAAGACGGCGGCGCAGCAACUGUAUCAUGAUAUGAGGGGGUUUAUUGAUGAUGUUCAUACCAAUUUGAACUCUGAGGAUCUUUCUAGUCUUCAUGCUUCUUACUAAGCGACGACGAUGGCGGCGGCGGAAAAUCGACUGUCGGAGUUGGUUAAUAAAGUUGUCUUGUGUGAGAUCGGUUUCGGUUUCGGGUUUUUUUUUUUUUUUUUUUUGGGGUCCUUUGUACUUGGAGUUCAUGAUUAAUAAGUAAUAAAAUAUAUUUAUGAUGAAUAAUUAUACUGGAGUAAAUUACUGUUACCGCUGAGGUAAGAUUAAAUUAUGAAAAAAGUACCUCGUGUUUGGGUAAUUACAAUUAUCUCCUUCAAUUAUGAACUUUUUUUUAUGUCUACACUUAUGAUGUUAAAUUCAACGUAAUCUUCUAGAUUGCGUGGAAUGUUCUCUAGUUUGUACUCGUUUUGUGUAAAAAUGCAGUUUCUGAUGCACCACAAUCCGAUAUUUAUAAGCCAAGAGACGCAUCUUAUGAUCGAUCAUCUUGCUACAAAUAUGG